CAUCCAUAAAGAUCCUGGUCGAAAGAAUAUCUCGCGACCCUUUUUUGCUGACUCUCUAUGCGUCGUAUGGGUCAUGAGCCAUGAGUGAGGACUUAGGAGGUGGUUCUCAACGCAGUCAAGAUUCAAACGACUGUCCACCAGGGCCAAAUCCAUUGGCCCCUCAAGACAAAUUUGCAUUUCUCCAAGAGAUCACGGGUGCCCGAAAGCACGCGUGGAACAAGCCGUUCUACCAGCAUCUUUUCAAUGUAUACACCUACUUAAAAGAGCGCGGCGCUCCAGAAGAGGUUUGCGACGCAGGCCUAUUCCAUUCCAUCUACGGUACCGAGUCUUAUGACUUUCAGAACAAUCGCGUCACAAGGGAGGUGGUACGCGGCUUCAUCGGCAAUUAUGCUGAGGAGCUGGUACACGUAUUUUGUACGACAAAGGAUAGAUUCAAUGUGCUUGUGAACAACACGAUGGGGCUUAGCGCUCGGCAGGCGCGGGAUCUGUGUUGCAUCGAGUUCGCAAACAAGUGGGAUCAAAACAAAGACGGAAGAUAUCGAAAGCAGCUGAUUGCGCUCGGCGAGGCGAUUGUGCACCUAGAGAGUGGUGGUCAAUGAGACCGCCUGUUGUCUUCAUCUGGGUUGGUAAUUUGCCGACUGGCGCAGAACGGAACCUGAUUCGAAACACUAUGGGCACUGACCGAGCACUUCUUUGUCUUCGACGUCCCCAGCGACAUAGCCUUCCAACAGAACUUCGAGCUGCUCGGGCCACGAUGCAGAUACAGAUCGUCCAGAACGGUGAAUUGGUACGAACCCUUUCAUUCGCUCAGGACCACAAUCGCACUCAGCAUUGAGUCUGCGUCAUGUCAGACGUGAAGUCUUCAGGCGCCCAAUCGCUUACUUCAGCCUUGUGCCCACGUGGAUGAUGUUACUACAGCUAUUCUAUACCUGUAAUUCAGUGCUCUCGAAGCCAACCUCCUCCUACCAAACGAAUACGAG